ACGACGACAACGGUGGACGCGCGCUGGUUCGACGACACACACUCGAAAAACGUACACGGACCAUCGUCUCACCGUUACCGCCGCUAACCGGUCGUGUCGUGUGUGCGACAGUGUGCGACAGUGUGUGUGUGUGUGUGAUUGACUGAACACGGCGGUACACCCGAGUGCAUCCCGGACGGCGGCACUAUAAAUGGACGUGGCGGCCACCGCGCUGCACCCGCAACCGCACCAGCGCGAACGCACCGUGUCCUAAAGAAGAAGCCGCACCGUCGUUACGACUUGUCAGAUAGUUAAAUAAAUUCGUUUCCGGUAUGCCGGAACAGAGCAACGACUACCGGGUGGUGGUGUUUGGCGCCGGCGGCGUGGGCAAGAGCUCGCUGGUGCUGAGGUUCGUCAAAGGGACAUUUCGCGAAUCUUACAUACCCACCAUCGAAGACACGUACCGGCAGGUGAUCAGCUGCAAUAAGAACAUAUGCACCCUGCAGAUAACCGACACCACCGGAUCACAUCAGUUCCCAGCCAUGCAGCGGUUGUCGAUAUCCAAAGGACACGCUUUCAUAUUGGUCUACUCGUGUACGUCCAGGCAAUCGCUGGAAGAACUCCGACCCAUAUGGCAGGUGAUCAAAGAGACGAAGGGAGCCGCCGAGCUGUCGUCCAUACCGAUCAUGUUGGUGGGCAACAAGUGCGACGAGAACGACACGAGGGAAGUGACGGCCGAGGACGGCGACGCGGAGGCCCGGAGGUGGGGCUGUCACUUCAUGGAGACGUCGGCCAAGACCAACCACAACGUGAAGGAGUUGUUUCAGGAGCUGCUCAAUUUGGAAAAGAACAGGAACAUAUCGCUGCAGCCAGAGAAGAAGUCCAUGCGCGGCCGCAAGAUCCGGGAAAAGUGCGUGCUCAUGUAGUACACAACAGUUGGUACUACUGCCGCUCAUCGGAUUCGGUCAUUUUGUUGUUAUUAACAUUAUCAUCAUCGUACGUCUUAUAUUAUUUUAGUUUGAAACAAAAGAAAAUAAAAACAAACAUAGUU